GGGAGGGGACAGGAGUGAGACUGCAGAGGGAUUUGCAGGGGAGGGCACAGCCCCUCGCCCUCUAGCCUGGGCUGGGGGUUCCUAUCUGGAAGGCUGGACUGAGGCCAGGACUGUGCCCCCACCCUUUCGGGGGGAGAAGAACGGCCUGGGCUCAGGCUGCCUGCCAGGGCUGAUAAGGGGCCCUCCUGGGGCUCCCACAAACGGUUUAUCACUGUGGGGGGAACAGCCUGCAGGGCUCAGGAGGGGGCACGAGCAUGGAGCGACUUUGGGGUCUACUUCAGAGAACGCAAAGGUUGUCCCCACGACCCUCUCAGACCAUCUACAAGCGUGUGGAGGGCACCCAGCAGUGGCGGCUGGAGGAGGAAGAGGAAGACAGGGAGGAGGGGGCUGAGCCAGCAGCCCACUUCUGCCCCAUGGAGCUGAGGGGCCCUGACCUGGGCUCUCGAGCAGGGAGGCAAAACCUCGGACUCUGGGCAGCAACAGGACGAAGGGCUGCCCCUUACCUGGUCCUGACAGCCCUGCUGAUCUUCACUGGGGCUUUCCUUCUGGGCUAUGUGGCCUUCCGAGGGUCCUGCCAGGCAUGUGGGGAUGACGUGUUGGUGGUCAGUGAAGACAUAAACUAUGAGCCGGGCCCGGACUCCCACCAGGGCACAUUGUACUGGAGCGACCUCCAGGCCAUGUUCCUGCGGCUCCUGGGGGAGGGGCACCUGGAGGACACCAUCAGGCAAACCAGCCUUCGGAAAAGGAUGGCCGGCUCAGCCGGGAUGGCCGCUCUGGCUCAGGACGUCCGGGGGGCGCUCUCGAGCCAAAAGCUGGACCACGUGUGGAUGGACACGCACUACGUGGGGCUGCAGUUUCCGGACCCGGCUCAUCCCAAUACCCUGCACUGGGUCGGUGAGGCUGGGAAGCUCGGGGAACCCCUGCCGCUGGAGGACCACGACGUCUACUGUCCCUACAGCGCCACGGGCAACGCCACGGGAGAGCUGGUGUACGCCCACUACGGGCGGCCGGAGGACCUGCAGGACCUGCGGGCCCGGGGCGUGGAGCCGGCGGGGCGCCUCCUGCUGGUGCGCUUGGGGGAGAUCAGCUUCGCCCAAAAGGUGGCCAGUGCCCAGGACUUUGGGGCCCGAGGAGUGCUCAUAUACCCCGAUCCAGCCGACUUCUCCCAGGAUCCACACAAGCUUGGCCUGUCCAGCCACAGAGCUGUGUACGGACAUGUGCACCUGGGAACUGGGGACCCCUACACGCCUGGCUUCCCUUCCUUUAAUCAAACCCAGUUCCCUCCAGUCCAGUCCUCCGGCCUCCCUAACAUCCCCGCCCAGCCUAUCAGUGCGGACAUUGCCUCCCUCCUGCUGAGGAAGCUCCAAGGCCCUGUGGCUCCCCAGGAAUGGCAGGGGCGCCUCCCAGGCUCCCCUUAUCGCCUGGGCCCUGGGCCAGGCUUGCACCUUGGGGUCAACAACCACAGGGUCUCCACCCCCAUCAGCAACAUCUUUGGCUGCAUCGAGGGCCGCUCAGAGCCAGAUCACUAUGUUGUCAUCGGGGCGCAGAGGGAUGCGUGGGGCCCAGGAGCGGCCAAGUCCGCUGUGGGGACGGCCAUAUUGCUGGAGCUGGUGCGGACCUUUUCCUCCAUGGUGAGCAAUGGCUUCCAGCCCCGAAGGAGUCUUCUCUUCAUCAGCUGGGACGGAGGUGACUUUGGGAGUGUGGGCUCCACAGAGUGGCUGGAGGGCUACCUCAGCGUGCUGCACCUCAAAGCCGUGGUCUAUGUGAGCCUGGACAAUGCAGUGCUGGGAGACGACAAGUUCCAUGCCAAGACCAGCCCCCUUCUAAUCAGCCUCAUAGAGAACAUCCUGAAGCAGGUGGACUCUCCUAACCGCAGUGGGCAGACCCUCUAUGAGCAGGUGGUGUUCAACAAUCACAGCUGGGAUGCUGAAGUGAUCCGGCCACUGCCCAUGGACAGCAGUGCCUAUUCCUUCACGGCCUUUGCGGGGGUCCCUGCCGUUGAGUUCUCCUUCUUGGAGGAUGGCCAGGCGUACCCGUUCCUGCACACGAAGGACGACACAUACGAGAACCUACACAGGGUGCUGCGGGGCCGCCUGCCCGCCGUGGCCCAGGCUGUGGCCCAGCUUGCUGGGCAGAUCCUCAUCCGGCUCAGCCACGAUCACCUGCUGCCUCUGGACUUCGGCCGCUACGGGGACGUGGUCCUCAGGCACAUCGGCAGCCUCAACGAGUUCUCUGGGGACCUGAAGGCCCGCGGGCUGACCCUCCAGUGGGUGUACUCGGCGCGGGGGGACUAUAUCCGGGCGGCGGAGAAGCUGCGAAAGGAGAUCUACAGCUCGGAGGAGAGCGACGAGCGGCUGAUGCGCAUGUACAACGUGCGCAUCAUGCGGGUGGAGUUCUACUUCCUGUCCCAGUACGUGUCGCCGGCCGACUCCCCGUUCCGCCACAUUUUCCUGGGCCGCGGAGACCACACGCUGGGCGCGCUGCUCGACCACGUGCGGCUGCUGCGCUCGGGCGGCUCGGGAGACCCAGGGGCCGCCGCCUCCCGGGUGGCUCCCGGCCUGGGCUUCCAGGAGGGCCGCUUCCGACGCCAGCUGGCCCUUCUCACCUGGACGCUGCAGGGGGCCGCCAACGCACUUAGCGGGGAUGUCUGGAACAUCGAUAACAACUUCUGAGGUCCGCGGGGCGGGGCGGGGGGGGGCGGGUGUUGGCAUAUGCCCGGAGCUCCUGUUCUCCCGUUAGAGUGAUUUCUGGGUGAUGGAGGUGCCUAGUACCAACCUGUCGUUGCUGACCGAUCUCUCAUUAGCCCUUCCCAUCUCUGCAAGGGGCCCAGCCAAGAAGCCAGCGCAGACAUCCACACCCGGGCCCUGCAGUGUAGGUGUAGGUGAGCGGUGUCUUCCACAGUGGGCCGGCCAUACUGUCAGCCAAUCUGAGAGCACCCGCUUCCUCAUCACACAGCCCCUUACCCUUCGGGAAAGGGGUGCCCCACACCUAGUGAUGCCUCUGGAAGGUUUCCUAGGCCCUGGGACGUGGCCAGCCCCCUUGGUGGGAGAAUGGCUGGAACCAUAGCCUAUAGCCCCAACAGGUGGUCUGUGGCGGGAGGGGCUGGGGUUUGGACCUCAAUAAACCACCUGGUGGCAUCUGUUGUUUAUAAA